ACUCUUGUAGAUGCGUCAAGACAAAUUGGCGUUGAAAUCGUGUGGACAAAUUCGUUGAUAGGUGUCUCUCUUGUUUUUCAAGCUUUUCAUCAUCAGCGUUUCUUUCAUUUCAUUUCAUUUCAUUUAUUUAUACAGAAACUUCACACCCCAAACGUGGGAACCAUUAUCCCUCCUUCUAGCUACGAUCUUUCUUUCUAUUCCUAAAAAACUCUCAAAUCAUAUACAUUUUCUCUCUCUAAAUGUUUUUUUAGAGAGAGAAAUUAGUUAACCUUAUUAAGUUUCUUGAAUUUUCCAUGAGAACUUCAUCUAUUGAGAGAUGCACCACCAGCAAAAAUGAAUUAGGUGACUUGCCGGAAUCGGAAAAACAUGUUUACGGUGCAAUGUUGCCGGUUUUUCUUAACGACCUCCGUAGUAAUCAUCACAAGGAGCUCGUUGAGAUAACGUUAGAGCUCGAAGAUAACGCGGUUGUGCUACGUAAUAUUGCUUCCGCUCCAAAUGCGUCUCCGUCUUCGAGUCAUGCCACCGGAGAUGAAGCUACGGGAGGCUUCUCGAGGAGUCUCUCAAUUGCGUCGAGGAUAAGGAAGAAGUUUCCGUGGCUGAGGUCGUUGUCUAUGCAGACAUCGACCUCGUCUUCGGAGAGUGUUACUACCGCUGUGGAGGAUCCGAUGAUGGCGAGAAAUGCAAGGAGAAUGCGUGCGGAACUUGAACGGACGAGAUCGAGUGCUCAGAGAGGUUUGAAAGGUUUGAGAUUUAUUAGUAAGUCUGGUGAAGCAUGUGAGGAGUUAUGGAGAAAAGUUGAAAAGAGGUUUGGAUUUCUUGCUAAAGAUGGUUUGCUAGAUAGAGAAGAAUUUGGUGAAUGCAUUGGGAUGGAAGAUUCAAAGGAAUUUGCGGUUGGUAUAUUUGAUGCAUUAGCUAGAAAGAAUGAAAGAAAAGAAGUUAGCAAGAUAACGAAAGAAGAACUGCGUGAGUUCUGGUUGCAAAUUUCAAACCAGAGUUUUGAUGCACGUCUUCAAAUUUUCUUUGACAUGGCAGACAGUAAUGAAGAUGGAAGGAUUACUAGGGAAGAAGUACAAGAGCUUAUAAUGUUAAGUGCUUCUGCAAACAACCUAUCGAAGCUAAAAGAGCAAGCUGAAGGGUACGCUGCAUUAAUAAUGGAAGAAUUGGAUCCUGAAAAUCUUGGUUAUAUCGAGUUGUGGCAGCUAGAAAUGUUACUACUAGAAAAAGACAGAUACAUGACUUACAGUAGACAACACAGCAGUGCAAGUGUAAACUGGAGUCAAAAUAUGACAACUUUGAGACCCAAAAAUAAAAUCCAAAAAAUCCUCAAAACACUUCAAUGUCUAGCAUUAGAAUAUUGGAGAAGGGGUUGGAUUUUGUUACUGUGGUUUUUUACCAUUGCUUGUCUUUUUGUCUGGAAAUUUUACCAAUACAAAAACAGAACAAGUUUUGAAGUCAUGAGUUAUUGUUUACCAGUAGCUAAAGGUGCUGCAGAGACACUUAAGUUCAACAUGGCUCUUAUUCUUUUGCCGGUUUGUCGAAAUACUUUGACUUGGCUUCGUUCGACAAAAGUUAGGAAAAUUGUUCCCUUUGAUGACAAUAUUAAUUUCCAUAAGAUGAUUGCAUUUGGCAUAGUAGUGGGAAUAGUUAUUCAUGCAGGAAAUCAUCUCGCAUGCGAUUUCCCUCUUCUCGUAAACACAUCACCCGAAAAGUUCUCACUGAUAGCUUCGGAUUUCAACAACAAAAAACCCACGUACAAAUCACUUUUGGUUAGCAUUGAAGGCAUAACAGGAAUCACAAUGGUUACUUUAAUGAUAAUAUCAUUUACUCUAGCAACUAGCCAGUUCCGAAGAAAUGCAGUAAAUCUUCCUUCACCUCUCAACAGAUUGACAGGCUUUAAUGCUUUUUGGUACUCACACCAUCUUCUUGGUAUUGUCUAUGUUCUUCUGUUCAUCCACGGUUCGUUCCUCAAUUUGACACAUAAGUGGUACCAAAAAACGACAUGGAUGUAUAUUUCUGUUCCGUUGUUGCUGUACAUCGCUGAGCGUACUCUACGAACUCGAAGAUCGCAACAUUAUGCAGUAAAAGUUCUGAAGGUUUCAGUGCUACCAGGAAAUGUAUUUAGCUUAAUCAUGUCAAAACCUAAUGGAUUCAAGUACAAAAGCGGCCAAUACAUAUUUUUACAAUGCCCCAAAAUCUCUCCCUUUGAGUGGCAUCCAUUCUCCAUUACAUCAGCACCAGGAGAUGAGUACCUAAGUGUUCACAUUCGUACGGUAGGUGACUGGACGCAAGAGUUUAAGCAUCUUUUCACCGAAGAUGACCAACUGCCUCCUGUUACUGGUCAAGCAACAUUCCGCGAACUAAUUCAAAUGGAUCAAAGAGGACAACCGAAGCUGUUUGUAGAUGGACCAUACGGAGCUCCAGCACAAGAUUACCAAAAUUUCGAUGUAUUGCUGCUCAUAGGAUUAGGAAUCGGAGCAACUCCCUUCAUUAGUAUUCUCCGAGAUAUUUUGAGUGACACAAGAACAAUUGACGAACAAACGGACUCAAACACAGAAACAACAAAAUCAGAUGAGAGCUUCAACAGUUUCACAUCUUCGAAUGUGACGCCGGGAAGAAAUAAGAGAUCACAAAGGAUUACAAAUGCUUACUUCUAUUGGGUUACUAGAGAACCUGGCUCUUUUGAAUGGUUUAAAGGAGUAAUGGAUGAAGUUGCAGAAAUGGACCACAAAGGUCUAAUUGAACUACACAACUAUCUUACAAGUGUGUAUGAAGAAGGUGAUGCAAGAUCAACCUUGAUCACAAUGAUUCAAGCAUUAAACCAUGCCAAACAUGGUGUUGACAUUCUAUCAGGCACUAGAGUGAGGACACACUUUGCUAGGCCUGAUUGGAAAGAAGUUUUCACAAAGAUAGCUUCAAAACACCCGAAUUCGACAGUAGGUGUGUUCUAUUGUGGGAUGCCAAUGCUAGCAAAGGAGCUAAAGAAGCUAUCACUUGAACUCAGCCAUAAGACAACCACACGAUUCGAAUUUCAUAAGGAGUACUUCUGAAAAUUAAAAUGCUUGUGUUUAUUCUUUUGUAACUACCAAUUAAAUAAUUCAAAAGGGAAUUGUGAAA